GCUUGAUCUAUAAUCCCUUCUGGUUCCAUUGCAACAGCCUCUCGCCUUCGCCUUUGUAUGCUCUUUGGCCUCUAUCCAUAGACCAUUGACAUACGAAGCUUUUUCCUUCUAUUGUCAAGCUACCACCUGAUAUGGCGCCCUCGUUUGUGGACGCUCCCCUCGCCCAGGACCUGGGUUCCUUCUCUAUCAACAAAAAGCAGGACGUCACUGGCAACAAAUUCGGCUAUCAACCGGGACGAACGACUGUGGAGGAUCAUGAAAACUAUGCAUAUCAAGACCUGCUACCAUCGUUUCCAGAUGUUCACUGGGCGCCGUUGGCAGUGAUUCCCCAUGAAGAUCGAGGUCUACAUGGCGACCCCAACUUCCGGCACCUUCUCCAAGACGCGACAGAUGUCUUCGACUACACUCCCAAGAUCGGUACUGAAGUCCAUGGGGUCAACCUUGCCAAAUUGACAGACGCGCAAAAGGACGACCUAGCCCGCUUGGUUGCUGUUCGUGGCGUAGUCUUCUUCCGCGGUCAAGACGACCUGGACAUUGAUGCUCAACGGGAUUUGGGUAGACAUUUUGGAAAGUUGCACAAGCAUGCCACCACGGCUGUGCCGAAGAAGGAAGGACUGGAAGAUAUCCAUGUCGUCUACGCAGGUGACAAUGCUACCGAUCAGCGGGCGAUGUUCACACCCAGCUUCUUGUGGCAUUCAGAUGUCACAUAUGAAGUUCAACCUCCGUCGUACACAUCCCUCAAGGUGCUAACAGGCCCUCCGCGAGGAGGUGGCGGAGACACUCUCUGGACAUCUCAAUAUGCAGCAUACGAUGCACUUUCUCCUCACAUGCAAACAUACCUCAAGGGAUUGACAGCUCUUCAUUCUGCUGAAAUGCAAGCAUCAGACUCUAAAGCGCUCGGGCGAACUGUUCGUCGCGAGCCUGUCACAACGGAGCAUCCUCUGAUUAGGACGAACCCUGUCACUGGCUGGAAUAGUGUUUUCUUUAAUCCUGGAUUUGUGACUAAAAUCGUCGGGAUUCCCAAGGUUGAGAGUGAUGCUAUCAUUCGGUAUCUUACAGAGGUGAUUGCGACAACACAAGAGAUGCAUGCUCGCUUCCAAUGGAACAAGAAUGACGUGGCUAUUUGGGACAAUCGGACCAAGAAUCAUUCGGCUUCUUAUGGAUUUGCCCCUCAUCGUCGCCAUGCAGUCCGAGUUGCCUCUCAUGCCGAGCGCCCGGUCCUGGACCCAGCGGGACGAUCACAGGAGGAAGAGUACAUCGCUCAUUACAACCUUCCUCCUGUGAACAAAGAUGGCUCCCAUCAGUCUAAUUACAAUGACUGAACAAGAUCACGGUUGAUGUAAUUUUAGAGUGUUUGUAUGGAGCCAUAGCGUUGCUUUGUUGGCUGUUUCAUGCCUCUCAAGCAAAAGGCUGUGAGAGCUGGUUCUUCUUGCAGU